GCAUGCACCCUCCAUGCAUGUGUGUACUGGAAAACAUUCCAAAUACUACCUCAUUUCUUGCAUCAAAAGUUCAAAACCAAUAUAUGCAAGAACAAAUAAAGUGCAACGUCUCACCACUCUCUCGUCUUCUCCAUGGCGUGCUCUCAUUCUCAUGAGGGUCAUUAUCACCUCCUCAUCACUGGCAUCGCUGCUGCAUUCGUCGCCGUGAUGUCGUUCUUUCUUCGGUAUUCUGGUCGUCGGCGUCUCCGGUGGCGAGGUCGUGGUGGAUUUCCGCCGGGGCCUCCGGGGUUGCCCGUCAUCGGCAACCUGUUGUCCAUGGACCAGUUCACCCACCGCGGCCUGGCCAAGCUCGCCAAGGUUCACGGCGGCUUCUUCCACCUCCCCAUCGGCUUCGCCAACGUGUUCGUGGUGUCCUCCCCGGAGACGGCCAGGGAGAUCCUUCAGGAGCAGGCCGGCGUGUUCUCGCACCGCCCCGUGACGGCCGCCAUGGCGUACGUCUCGUACGACCUCGCCGACAUGGCGUUCGCGCGGUACGGGCCGUUCUGGCGCCAGAUGCGCAAGCUCUGUGUCGUCAAGCUCUUCAGCCGCGGGCGCGACCAGUCAUGGCGCACCGUGCGCGCCGAGGUGGACGGCCUCGUCAGGUCCCUGGCGGAGGCGGGCGCCGUCGUCGUCGCCAACGUCGGCGAGCUCGCCUUCAAGUUCGCCACCAACAUCACUCUCCGGGCCGCGUUCGGGGCGCGGAGCCAGGAGGACGAGGCGGAGUUCGUCGCCAUCAUCCGGGAGCUCUCCCAGACGUUCCUGGCCUUCAACGUCGCCGACUUCGUGCCGUUCGUCGGCUUCCUCGACCUCAACGGCAUCAACAGGAGGACGAGAGCGGCGAGGCAUGCCCUGGACGUGUUCAUCGACCGCAUCAUCGACGAGCACGUCGCCAGGUGGAAGAACGGCGACGUGGCCGCCGCUGACAUGGUCGACGACAUGAUCGCCUACCUCGCCGAGACGCCGGGGAGAGACACGAGGGCGGACGGCGUCGAGCUCAAGGAUCUCCGGCUCACCAGAGAAAACAUCAAAGGAUUAAUCAUGGACAUCAUGUUCGGCGGCACAGAGACCGUGGCGGCGACGCUGGAGUGGAGCAUGGUGGAGCUCCUGCGGAGCCCCGGCGAGCUGGAGCGCGCGCAGGACGAGCUCGCCGGCGUGGUGGGUCUCGACCGGAAGGUGGACGAGAGCGACGUGGAGAAGCUGCCCUACCUCCGGUGCAUCUGCAAGGAGGUGCUCCGGCUGCACCCGCCGCUGCCGCUGCUCCACCGCGAGAGCCUCCAGGACUGCGCCGUGGGCGGGCACGCCGUCCCGCGCAACUCCCGCGUCUGGAUCAACAUCUGGGCCAUGGGCCGCGACGAGAGGCACUGGGAGGACGCCGACGCGUUCCGCCCCUCGAGGUUCGCCGGCGCCGGCGCCGGCGUCGGCGGCGACUUCUGGUACUUGCCGUUCGGGCACGGGCGGCGGUCGUGCCCCGGGAUGCAGCUGGGGACGUACGCGGUGGAGCUUGGCCUGGCCAACCUGCUGCACUGCUUCCGGUGGUCGCUGCCGGAUGGGGUGGCACCCAGUGACCUCGACGUCGGUGACGUUUUUGGCCUGACGGCGCCCAGGGCCCAACGCCUGUUGGCGGUGCCGUCGCCACGCCUCUCUUGCCCGUUGUUCUGAAAUAUACAAUAAUAAAGCCUAUCUCGUGGCAUGUCAGAUGGAUUAUUAUGUAUAUGGGCACAUGCAUGACACAUUAGAUAAUAUAUUAUUAUAGGCUAUUAUGUGUCGUAUCAAAGCUUCAACUAGUAGUGAUGCCAUCGAUCAGGAGCUAGCAUGCAUUUCCGCCUACCGUGCAGCAGUGCAAGACGGUUUUCAAGAAGAAAGAUUCAUCCUCAUAUUGAUCGGCUACAAAUUUUAUGUGUAAUUCUUUUUAUUUUCUUUGUGACUUUUUUUUGGUUUUUGAACAUUAUGUUUUGAUCAUCUUUUAUUUAAUAAAAUUUCAGUAGAGGGCAAUCCCUCAUUCUGUUCA